UUUGAAAGAUUUAGUCUAUAGAAAAAUGGAAGUCUAGUUUCCUGACUAUCCUUUCGAGCUCCUCGUGUCUAAGUGGAUCAAUUUGUUCUAAUAAUUUCAUUGGACAAACAUCCAGAGCUACUAACUUGGCCUGUUUUGAAUGAGACGUAUGCCUCGGUUACGAACCAGUGCAGGCGGUUCUAGAAGUAGGCCACAAAUGGGCACAAACUCAAGCAGACUGACACUCACACACUCCAGCUGCGUGAAUGCGGGUCCAAUGAGGGACUCGUACGGAACAUGGAUGAUGCUCGGCGCGCGUGCACUGAGCCAGGGGCCGGACUGACACUGGACCAGAACGGAGGCGAGGUGCUGAAAUAGAUUUAUUGGAGACCCGAUUCAAAUAAUUAAGUAGCAAUAAUACCACACUGUGCCGGCAGUGUGAAACGCGGUGGACUCGCCCCAUCUAGGGGUAACCCAGGCUAUUUGAGCAUUGUUCUUUGCAUCAGCCCUGUGUAUCAUACAUCAGUACACGCGGGAGAAAUUGAGGCAUCACCGAAGAAAAAAUUUUUCCGAUAUCUUCAGCGACAGCCGAGAUAGUAUCGAAGAAAGAGUGUUGAUUGGCAGCGAGACCGGAACCCACCAAAUGGCAUCGUCAUUUUUGGACUCUCCGUAUUUGGAAAGGUGUGGAGCCAUCUAAAUACAGUCGAACCCAUGUAAGACGGCCACGCAUUGUCAUGGGUAAAAGUGGCCGUAUACGACAGGUGGCCGUCUUAGGCAGGACUGAUCAAAAGGAGGAAAACAAACCAUUUACUUCUGAGGUCCCAACUGGAGAUGUAAGAGAAGUUUCUCAAAAUACUCAACUACUGAUUUAUUGUGAGUAUUGUGAAAGAGUUUAAACAAAGAGCAAGGAAUGAAGUGAGAGCUGAAAAGAAAUGAUGGCAAAACAAAUGAGUGACACAAAGAAGGAGUUUGUCCAGAAGUACAUGCUGGAUGAGUACUCCCGUGCCAUCCCUACAAAGGCACUUGCUGGAACUGGCAGAGGGGCUUCGUUAGGAGAGUAUUGUGAGCCCAUAGAUAGUAAAAAUCUCUACAAAAAGAAACCUGGAGAAGACGACAUCAAUUCUGACAGCGACAAUGGAUAUGCAGACCCUCAAGUCUUUGACUUUUAUUUGUUUCUGAUAGAUGCAGUAAAUGUAAAAAAGCCACUUAGUAGAAAUCCAAGCAAAGAGGAAGAAGGGGAUGUGUACGAGCUGGCUCAGCAAGCUGUCAGUGAUUACGACGUUCCACCACCUGUCACAAAGUCCCAGGGUAGGCAGAGAAGUUCGUCUCCCAGAAAGCCUUCGCCCAAGCCACGGGGUAGCCAGGUCAGAAGAGUGAGUCAAGACGUUACUCCCCCUUCACUUCAAAAUGACCAUGGGAAAAACGGCCCUCCAAAGAAUACUCGUAACAGUUCUCCCAAUGUUCUUCAGGGUCCAGAGGUUCCUGUCCAAUCAGAGUUUCAUGACCUUGAGAUUCAGCCGGAAAGACGAAGACCUGGGAAAAAGGUCGUUGAGAUAGAGUAUGAGGUUGCCUCCGCCAUACGUCCUGGCAAAGCAGAACUUUCAGCGUCAAGAGUGGCAGCUUCGCCAAAGACUAAAAAUCCUCUCAGCAAAUCAAAUUCCUCGGCAGAUUCAAGUGUUUCUGUCUCCUCGUCUCUCCAUCAUUCAGCUUCUGCUGGCUCAAGGCACCCUGGACACUCAUCUUCACCAGCACACCGCAAACCUCACCACCCAGGUCGGCCAGACAUGCAGUUCAGUAUGAGUCAGCCUGCUCCUCAACCUCCAAAGGGCGCCGCUGAAGGUGUGUAUGAAGAACCAUGGGACCUAAAGGUGAAAAGACUUAAACAGGAACAAGAGGAAAAAAUGUCGAAAAAAUUGUUGAAGCAAGCCGCUGUUGAGCAGAAGCUUGUGAACCAACCAGACACCUCUAUUCCUGUUUACGAGCAGGCAUGGGAUAGUGCAGCUCAGCAGAGAAAGCUGGAGGAGAGACUGAAUUUUGCAAGGAGUUUGUCCACAUCUUCACAGACCUCAGAAACAGACAUCUUCCAUGACGCACUGGAAGCUGUACCUGCUCAAAAGGGUGAACCAGGCACUGUACAGGGCCUACCCCCUACCACAGACUCUGCUGGAGUGUUGAAACCAUUGCCCAUGGACACUUACGAAGAUGCAUGGGACCUAAAGAACAGUGUUUUGGAUCAGCAAAUUAGGAAAAUGCAGAUACAUGCCUCUGCUACCUACGAAGAGCCAUGGGACAGAAGCAAGCAGCAGGAGCAGUUACAGGCCAAAUUUCAAAAGGUUACUCCCCAGAAUCAAAAACGGGCACCUCAGAGGUCGAGCUCAGAGGUUCAGGAACCAACCUCAGAGGGAGCUGACUCCAAAAGCUCAUUGGUCAGAGGGAAGUUCCACAGUGUUGAUGAAAAUAAAGUUAAGAGCAAGAGCAAAGGAUGUAACAUCGGGCAGAGGAUCAAUCCGAUGAUUCCUCUUGUGAAUCAAAACUGGUUCCAUGGAAACAUCAGUAGAGAUGAUGCGGAAAAGAUGCUGUGUGUUUGCAAGGAGGGGAGCUACAUUGUCCGAAUCAGUUCCGACAGGAAGUCAUACUCACUUUCCAUAAAGAGCUCCAAGCAAUACAUCCAUGUGCAGAUAGAGGAGCUCAACAUGUCGGACGGGACAGUGCGCUACAUCCUGGGCAAAAACAGCAAAGAGUUCCCGUCCAUCCCUGAGAUGAUUGACCACUACACCCACCACCGAGUCCCGCUGAAGGGUGCCGAGCACAUCACACUGCUCCACCCUGUAGAGUGCAAGUGGUCAUAGCCCCCACUCCCAGACCUACUCAGUUGCGGUGGGUAAAAGUAAAGUUGGCCUCCCCUUGCACCCAGGCCUGGGGUCACCUUGGGGUUGCAGCUCUGUCUGACAACAUCCGGAAACAGCAGGCUGUGAUCACGGUGAUUUGUGAAAGCAAAGGGAGGUUACACUGAACUUUUAUGCCCAGAUAUGUUUUCCUAGAGAGUGGUUGUGUGCUGUUGAAAGUCCAGAUAGCUCGAAAAAUGGAUUUUGAAAUGCUGCGAGUCAUGAUUGUUGAUAUUCUUAUGCAGUCACUCUGCUUUGUCGGUGUAGAACAAAAGGGAUGCAAACCUGGCUUUAAGAUGAAAAAAUACUUUUGAUAAAACCCAUCGAGAUGUGUCAAUAUUGGGCUCUAUGGUCAUGAAAAAAGCCACUGCAUACUCUGUACUUUCAUUCUUUGUGGCUGGUGUAUAAAAGCUAGCCUGCUUUCGGCCCAGUUGGUGACCUUUGCACUAUGGUGCUGAGGACACUGAUUGAAAUUUUCCGCCAGUCAUUGCUUAACUCUAGUUGUCUAGAGAGUUUUAAGCCUCUCCAUACAGAUGACUUGUUCAUAUCAGAGUAAGUUGGACCCAUUAACUUAAAUUAUGAUAUCUUUGACCAGGCACAGUCACAACUGCUGCUCUUUGCACCUUACUGUAACUCACUUUGCUGGUGCCUGCCAUGGGAGAGAAAAUGAAGGGGAAAAGCGCCAGUCUCGCUUAAUCGAGUACAUGCGCAACUUUCCCUCCUUGCCCUUCUUUUGGUCGCAAAAUGAGUCUAAAGGUGCUCUCCAUAAUGAACUGGAAUCGGUUCAAGAGUGCACAGUCUUGGGUAUUUUUAUAAUACAAGUCUAUGGUUGAACCUUAAAUUCAGUGGUCCUGUCUGUCUUAAAGUGGGCAUUUCUGCAAUGUGGCCACCUCUCACAAUGUUAAAAGGGGUGUUAAACCAAUACCAUACAGCAACAAAGCUCUAUUCACACAUGACUGUUGUCUGAUUUUAAAUUUUGGACUAUUACCACUUUCAAAUGAGCCAUUACAGAGUCAUUUAUUUUGAUGUGCUUACUCAAUACAUUAAGUUUAUACUCUCAUCAAAGUUUUCUGGCUUUUGAGUGGAAGUGAAGAAUGUUUCUGAUGUCAACGAGUGCCAUGAUGUUUUUGCUGAGUGCUGGCUGGUGAUGUGUGACUUAUUUUUGUUCUUUUUGCGAGAAAUUAGUGUUCAUGUAUCAACUGACUGCUGACUUCUGCACGCACCCACAGACAGAAAUGCAGUACAAGAAAACCAAGAUUCAAUGUGUUUUAUCGAGUCCAUAAAAUACCUUUUCCUAUAUUGGGGUUUGCUGUGUGAUAGUCAAAGGGAAUGCCUUAUCGGUACCAUUUUGAUUUAUCCCAGUAUACCCUGGGGGGUUUUUAUGUUGCGUUAGAACAGUUUUGGCAGUUUGGCCUCUUUGCAAGUUGUGAAGUGAAUGUCUUUUUGGUAAAUCAUUGUUACAGAUGGAGUCGUGACAUAAAUUCUGUUACUGUUACUCUUUUUGACAUUGAUAUUAUCAGAAGAGUCCAAUUAGUAAAAUUGCCAAAGGGCUUAUUUUAAAUUACAAUGUUUUGUCAUUCAUGUUUCACUGCAUUGCUGUGCGAAGCUUUUCAUUUGUGCUAAAUGCUGUUUGAAAAGAUAUUUUAUCUUCCUGUUAGUCUUCCUAUUUGUAGAGCAGAUCUCGUGAUGAUGAUAAGAGCAUGUACCAUUUAGGAGUGCAUUGUACAGAAAAAAUAGUAUUUUUGUGUUUUAUGUCUUUUCAAACUUAAUAGAAUUUUUUGUAGAAUUGUGCUGUGAAUAUGCUUGUACAAAUUGGAUUUAUAUUGUAAAGCACCAAAUGUGGUCAUAACAGUUUUGAAAUAUAUGCAUUACUAGCAGUGUGAUCAUACAGACUGAUGAAAAGGAAUACAUAUUUCAGGGAUAAAUCUCAGAAAAUUACACAUAAAAUUGACAUAACCAACAGCUCAUACCAAGCUUGGAAUAUUAGACAUUUUUGGAGAGUUUGGCUAUGGUGUCAUGAUCAUAAGUUUGUUUUGGUUAAGAGAUACAAGAAGGUGACCUUUUAAUCUCUAUUGAAAUGUAAUCACUUCAUGAUUGAAGGUUCUCAAAGAUAUUCUUUAUCCGUAUUGUGAUCUUUGGAGGAGUACUUUAUCUCCACUUCUAGUCUGUACUGUAGCCUUUUAAUGGCAAAUGGAUGAAAAAAAUAAGUCCUGCAAGACGUUGCUUUGUUACUGUUGAGACUCGUUUUUGCUCAGUAUUUUAACAUGUUCACAACAAAGGAAUUGUAAAAAUGUGUGCAGGUUUAUUGUGACCACUUUGCUGUAAGGUAUUUGUCUGAAAGGUGCUUCUUUUUAGUUGUGACGUAUUGAUGUUUUGUAAUGAAUGCUUUGUGUGGCUUCCUUUUUACACUGAAAAACCUUGUCUGCUCGACAGUUAUGUGAUUUCAACUUUUAUUUAUCUUUUUUUUCUCAUUGUUUGUUCUGUGUUUCACGAAAAGGUAUGUGGCCGUUCUCUUACAAUUCCCUUUUUUUUUUCUUUUUUCCCCCUCUGCUGCUCUUUACAGUGGACUUUGCUUAACUCUUUGAAUCCAGCUCACCACUGUUUUUGAUUCCAUGUUUCACCAGUUCGCCACUUAAGUGAUAUUUUGGAGAUACUGAUUUCGUCAACCCCCAAGAUGUACACCUGAUACUGAUCCUGUGGUACAUUUACUACCUAUUUUCACUCGCAUUGUGAUCCUUUGUCCAAUUACAUAUAGCUUGAGUGCUCAUACAAACAAAUCCAUCAAGAUUUGACUCUGAAUUAUAGCCGUUUUGUGGUGACGUCCAUUGCCACUGGGCAUGGGAAAUUGUGGAAUCCCUUAUCAUACGAAAAGAGUUACGAUGUUCAGGGGAUACCAAAAUUUUCAUUUUUAACACAGUUCACUGUAUAAUAUUGUCAUAUCAAAUUCGUCAACAUUGAAUUCCUCUUGCAGUUUCCCGUUUCAGUGUUCCUGAUUGCUUUUUGCCUUAUUAAUGUUCUGCAUGAUCUGUGUCAAGUCCACGCCUUAUUGGAAGAAAGCUUUAAUUAUCAUAUGACACAGUACAUGUGCAUGUAGGCCUGCAAUAGACCCAUUACAGAUGACGUCAGAAUGUCCAGUUUGCAGUCUGUCCGAAAGAAAUGUUCACUUCUCCUGUGCUUCAGUUGUUUCUGGCAGUGGCGUUACUUGGACUUUUGGAGUGAAAACCCAUUUGAAUGAAAUGCACCUCCAGCAAGAACACUUGUUGUGCGUUACAACAGGCCAGUGUAAUUCUGACCUGACAACAGCUGGUACAGACUAGUUUGUUACUGUGCAAAGAUGAUGGCACUCCCUCCAAAAAGUACAAAACAACCCCACAAAAAAAA